GAAGAAGAAGAAGAAGAAGAAGAAGCUGCACACCAGAAAAAGAAAGAAAGAGGUCAAGAGAACAGUUUGAUAUCAAGAUCUUUAAACACAAAGGUCUGUUUCUCCAAGCCACACUUGAAAAGCAAGUUAUGUGUGACGCAGAAUUCAUUAAAGAGGAGAGUGAAGACAUGAGUGUUACAGACACCAGCACAAUGAGAAAUGAAGACGCUGCGGAACAAAGAGACCUAAUUAAACUGGAAGAAACAACGGUAUCAGUAUGUCCUCAUUGUGGAAAGAGAUUGGGAAGUAAAGAGCAGCUUGUGAAGCACAUAAGAAUCCACACUGAAGAAAAGCCCUUCACCUGCCCUCAGUGUGGAAAGAGUUUCACAAGAAAAAGUUAUUUCAAGACCCACAUGAGAAUUCACACUGGAGAAAAGCCAUUCACAUGUGUUCAGUGUGGAAAGUGUUUCACAAACAAAAGUCAUCUAGUGAACCACAUAAAAAUUCACACCGGAGAAAAGCUACACAUGUGUGUUCAGUGUGGAAAAGGUUUCGCACAAAAAAGAACUCUAGAGGACCACAUGAGAAUUCACACUGGAGAAAAGCCGUAUGCAUGUGUUCAGUGUGGAAAGAGUUUCACUAAAAAAAGAACUCUAGAGGACCACAUGAGAGUUCACACUGGAGAGAGUCCAUACACAUGUGUUCAGUGUGGAAAGAGUUUCACUCAAAAAAGAUAUCAAGAUGUCCACAUGAGAAUUCACACUGAAGAAAUGCCAUUCACAUGUGUUCAGUGUGGAAAGAGUUUCACUCAAAAAAGAACUCUAGAGGAACACAUGAGAAUUCACACCGGAGAAAAGCCAUUCACAUGUGUUCAGUGUGGAAAGAGUUUCACAUACAAAAGUGUUCUUAAGACACACAUGAGAACUCACACUGGAGAAAAGCCGUAUGCAUGUGUUCAGUGUGGAAAGAGUUUCACACAAAAAAGAACUCUUGAGGACCACAUGAGAACUCACACUGGAGAGCGUCCAUACUCGUGUCUUCUGUGUGAAAAGAGUUUUGCAAAAAAAAAAGUUCUAGAGAAACACAUGAGAGUUCAUGCUGAAGAGCGCUCAUAACAAUGGCUCCAUUCACACUGUCAGUGUUUGAGAUUGUCUUCACAGAUGUGAUGUGAGUCUUUAAUGUUCUGUUCACAAUCAGCUCACAGCUGAAAUACUGUCUGUGUUCUGUUCCUGUGUCACUUCUGAAAACCAUAUAAAGACUUUUGGAUGUAACGUUUAUGUGCCGUCCAUUU